CAACCAGUCGAAUGAGUAAAUAUUGUUUCCAUCUUGAGAGAAAUCAAAAAAUAUUAUUUCAAAUCGAUAAAAAAGAAUUUACUUCAAUUUUUGAUAAUGAAGUGUUUGAUUAAAAAGUCCGAGCCACAAAGCAUAUUGUGGAAAAAAUGUACAUCGGAAAAAUCGGAUAUUUACAUUGAUCUAUUUAAAAUGAAACAUCAUGUGAUACACUUGAGCCCAAUUGAAUCCAGACUCGAAAAGGCUGAAUCGGCCAUGCCUCUGAAGGAUAAUCGCGUCGCAAAAGAAUACCGUGAAGAAGGAAAAGAAUUAUUUGCGCAGAAAAAAUAUCCAAAUGCAAUGAAGAAAUUUAAUAAAAGUUUAAAAUUGGCCGAAAAUGAAACCGAAGAGGUGGGAAUAGCAUAUGCAAAUAGAUCAUCGUGUUUUUUCCAUAUGAAUAUGUUGGCCGAAUGUAUGGUUGAUCUAAAAUUAGCAAGAAAAUCAAACUAUCCGGAUCAUUUAAUACCUAAGCUAGAAAAACGAAUUUCACAAUGUUCAACUUUAAUGAACAACAGACGGUCGAAGGUCCAUCAAUUCGAUGUUCGUGAACCGACAUUGAGUUUUGGUGAACACAAAAAAUUUGCAGGUGUCGCAGAGUGCUUGGAAAUCUAUUCAGAUAUUGAAUACGGUCGUCAUGUUAUAACAAAUCGUGACCUUGAAAUUGGCCAAACAAUUUUGGUGGAGCGUCCAUAUUCAAUAAUUCCAACCAAAUAUAUUGGCAUCGGUCAUGAUCGAUGCGUUCAUUGCUUUAAGGAGCUAAGGAAUUUCGUGGCUUGUGAAAAUUGUAUAUCAAGUCGUUUCUGUUACGAUGGCUGCAUGGAUAUGUCAAAUCAUAGCUUAAGCUGUAAUUUACCGAUACCCAAGACGAAUUCGGAAUCGUGUCAAUUAGUUUUGGAAAUUUUAUUCAAGACAAAUGAAGCAUUCCCCGAUAUUGAUGUGCUAACGAAAACUGUUGAGUCAUUGCUUAAAGGCAAGGAACCGAUUGGUCUCACAAAUGCCAUACAUCGAGAUUUUUGCUCAAUUUUCCAACUAACUACCAAUCAUGAUAAGCGCUCCGCGGACCAGAUACAAAAGCUACGGAACACAUCUGCUUUUAUAUUUUCCACUCUCAUGCAGAUUCCCGAUUUUAAUUUGAAAUUCACUAAAAUGAAACAUGCGCGCUUUUUGCAACAUUUAAUUCUACAUUUUCUACAUAUUUCGGAACAUGCCAUUGAUUUAUAUCAAUAUGUUCAAAGAGAUGAAAAAGCCAAGCUGAUGACAUGCACAAAAAAGCAUUACGCCAGUGGCAUGUAUCCAUUCGGUUGUGCCAUGAAUCACUCGUGUGUGCCGAAUAUUUCCUGGUUUGGCAUAAAUGAUCGUCUCGUCUGUAAAGUGAUUCGACCGAUUAAAAGAGGAGCACAAAUAUUUCGAUCUUAUUCAGCGCUCGAACAGAAUCCGAAUGUUAUUCCUGAAUUGGAUGAUCGAUAUCAAUUUAAAUGUGAAUGUUUUACAUGCUCAAAUGUAAUAUGGUGUCAAUUAACUAGUGCCGUGAAUUGUUCACAAGAUAAACUUUAUGCCGAUGCUAUUAAACCCAUUUUUAUGACCGCCCAGGAAAUUCGUCAUUUGCCCAGAAACCAAUUACUGUCUUACGAACAAAAAGCAAUCGAAUUUCUGUGCAAAUAUGACACUAUUCAUCCAGUUAAUGAUACAAUUGCAAUUGAGAAGACACUACAAAUUUUGUGGAUUUUACUCGCUUCAAAGUUUGAGUUUGCAUCUGAAUCUUGUACGGAACACAAAACCAAAGCAAUGAAAAACUGAUUUAUAAAAUAUUCAAUAAUAUUAAUAUAUCUCUAAUUAUUAUUACACACUACACAAUCGUUGACUUUGACUUCUUUUAUUAAUUAUCUACAAAA